UCCUCCGGAGGGCGUCUUCCUGAAGUCCAGACGCAGGUGGGAACGAUUCUGUUAUCCUCCCCUCAUCUUUCCCAGGCCCCUUGGAGGCGGGGAGAUUGGAGUGCGGUUCUACCUCGGUUUCGCCUCCUGGCUCUUUACAAAGCAGGGCCCACGUGGGUAGCCCCGUGCCUCAGUUUUCCCACGCUGGGUCUCCACCACCCUUUCUUGUCGGGGCUACAGACCUUCGCGGCUCUCUCUUGUCCCCUUCCUCCAGCAGAGGCAGCGGCGAUGGGCGCUGGCGGCCCCCGACGGGGCGCGGGACCCCCAGACGGCGGCUGGGGCUGGGCCGUGCUGGGCGCCUGCUUCGUGGUCACCGGUUUCGCCUACGGCUUCCCCAAGGCCGUGAGCGUCUUCUUCCGCGCGCUCAUGCGCGACUUCGGCGCAGGCUACAGCGACACGGCCUGGGUGUCUUCCAUCAUGCUCGCCAUGCUCUACGGCACCGGUCCAGUCUCCAGCAUCCUCGUGACCCGCUUUGGCUGCCGCCCGGUGAUGCUGGUGGGUGGGCUGUUGGCCUCGGCGGGCAUGGUCCUAGCAUCCUUCGCCACGCGCCUCCUGGAGCUCUACCUGACGGCCGGGGUGCUCACAGGCCUGGGCCUGGCCCUCAACUUCCAGCCGUCGCUCAUCAUGCUGGGGCUGUACUUCGAGCGGCGGCGGCCCCUGGCCAACGGGCUGGCGGCGGCGGGCAGCCCCGUGUUCCUGUCGGCGCUGUCGCCGCUCGGCCAGCAGCUGCUCGAGCGCUUCGGCUGGCGCGGCGGCUUCUUGCUGCUCGGCGGCCUCCUGCUGCACUGCUGCGCGUGCGGCGCCGUCAUGCGCCCGCCGCCGGGGCCGUCGGACAGCGCGGACGACGCUCCCGGGGAGGCGGAGGCGCAGCGCGCGGGGCUGCGUCUGCGCGAGGCGCCCCCUGGCGGCCGCCCCCGCCGGCGCCUGCUGGACGUGGCCGUGUGCGCCGACCGCGCCUUCGGGGUGUACGCCGUCACCAAGUUCCUGAUGGCGCUCGGGCUCUUCGUGCCCGCCAUCCUGCUGGUGAACUACGCCAAGGACGCGGGCGUGCCCGACGCCGACGCCGCCUUCCUGCUGUCCAUCGUGGGCUUCGUGGACAUCGUGGCGCGGCCGGCGUGCGGCGCCCUGGCGGGCCUGGCGCGCCUCCGACCCCGUGUCGCCUAUCUCUUCAGCCUGGCCCUGAUGGCCAACGGGCUCACGGACCUGAGCAGCGCGCGCGCGCGCUCCUACGGCGCCCUUGUCGCCUUCUGCGUCGCCUUCGGCCUCUCGUACGGCAUGGUGGGUGCGCUGCAGUUCGAGGUGCUCAUGGCAGCCGUGGGCUCGCACCGCUUCCCCAGCUCGCUGGGCCUGGUGCUGCUCGUCGAGGCCGUGGCUGUGCUCAUUGGACCGCCCUCUGCCGGCCGCCUGGUGGACGCCCUGAAGAACUACGAGAUCAUCUUCUACCUGGCCGGCUCCGAGGUGGCCCUGGCCGGGGUCUUCAUGGCCGUAGCCACCAACUGUUGCCUGCGCCGCUCUCACGACACCCGGCCCGGCCAAGGUGCCGGGGGCAGGGCCAGCGACACCGAGGACGCUGAGGCCGAAGGGGACUCGGAGGCCCUGCCCACCGCUGCUGAGCCACCUGGCAGCCUCGAAGCCCGGGAGGUGCCAAGCCCAGGGGCUCGGCCCGCGGAACCAGAGGUGGAGGCCGAGCCAGGGUCGGACCCCAAGUCUGUAUAGCCCCGGGGACCCCAGGCGAGGUGGCUGGGACUUGGGGAAGGGGGCUUACCCUCUCAGAGCCCCGGCGGUCCCAAGAGGCCUGGCACGCUGGAGGCUGCUUUGCAGUGGUCCCCCCUGGGGUCCGGGGGGAGCUCCUCCAUCUGCCCAGCGGGCCGCGGCCAGGCCCUGCCCCAGUGACGCUGCUGUGCGCAGACAGUGGAAACUGAAGUUCAUAAAGCUCGGCUGCAAGACAGGUUCCGCUCCUGUCAUUCCUGUGCUUCCCAGCUCUGGUGGCGGUGGGGGGGGAAGUGGUGGGAAGGAGUCUGAGAGGCUGUCCCCAGAGCCCUCGGACCCAGGUGUUGGGGAAGGGGGAAGUGGGGGUGUGGAGGGGGAGGCUCUCUGACUUGGAGGCAGUAGGGGUCUCUCUUGCACUUUGACUUUUGAUCUCUUGUGCUUGGAUCCAAGUGCGGGGAGCCCAGGUCUUGCUGUGGCUGGAAAGCCUUCAGGAUCUCUUCCC